GGCAAAAACAAGCCACGGCUGGGCGGAGGAGGGGCAACUGGCGGGAAGACGAACAGCGAGGGCGCGUCUGGGGCGUGUGCGCCUACGUCCAAGGGCACCCGUGGGCUGUUGGCUACGGUGGAAAGCUUGGACCGAGCCCAGAGAGUGGGAAAGACGGCGAGCCUGAUUCAGGAAGUCGUGCCUCUGACAUCAGGGGCAGGACAGAGUUGGAGCGAAACCUCAAGUAUGCCAGGCGGCGGCCGGCGGGAGCGCAGGGGACCCAGAGGGCGCUGAGCGCGUCGGGAGCGGCAGGUACGCGCCGGGCAGGGGCGGGCGCGGAGCGGCACCCACUGACCCUUCCGCCGGCCACCGGCCGCCACUCCACGGCCAGCCGGUGCCACACGCCUGCAGGAAGCCCUCCCGCGGACUGAAAGAUUUCUCCCCAUUUUGGAGAUGAAGAGAUGGGGGCUCCAAGAAGCUGAGUGACUUGCCCAAAGACAGCACGGCACACCCUCUGGGACCAAGGCUACAGCCCAAAGCCUAGCAAGUAUGCAAUCUACCAUGCUGAACAUUCCACAGAGGAAACAAAGAAAAUAUGAAAUCAGUGCUAUUGUGGAUAAAUGUCUUUAUGGUAGCUCAGAAGAGAAAGGAAUCCAAGUGGUGGAGGGACAGGGGACCAACAGUCACAGCAGCCUUCCCAGAGGAGACUUGAAGGACAAGGAGUUCUCCUGGACAUGUGCAGGGGACACCUGGCAGGAAGGUGAACUGGGCACCAGAAGACGUUGUUUCUGGCCCUGACUCUGCCAGUCAUCAGCUGGGCAAUCUCCAAUAAGGUGCAGCAUCUUCAGCUCCCAGGUUCCUCAUCAAUAAAGUAAGGUGCCAUCGGUGGCAUGCCCAAACCCAAAGCUGGAAGAGGAAUAAAUUACAAGCAGUCAAGCCUGCAUCCUUUUGAGCCCAGAACUUCAUAGUGAACUGCAAGGGUUUUCUGGCCCCCAUCCAGCCAAGCACGAUGGAGAGAAUCAGCUCCUUCUUGAACGCCAUUUGGGAUACUAUCUCAACCAAACACCAAGAGGGCAUAUUCAACACCAUCUGCCUGGGGAUCAUCCUGGGGCUGCCACUCUUGGUGAUUAUCACACUCCUCUUCAUCUGCUGCCAUUGCUGCUGGAGCCGACAGGGCAAGAGUGGCCAACAGCCAGAGAGAAACAAGAGGAAGAAGAAAAAGAAGGCCGAAGAAGACCUCUGGAUCUCUGCUCAGCCCAAGCUUCUCCAGAUGGAAAAGAGGCCAUCACUGCCUGUCUAGUUAGGCAGGAGGCAGAGGUGUCCCCUCUCUGGGGCGAAGUCUCUUCCAACAACACACAGAUGAAGAAACAGGAAUCCCUGAAAUAUGUGCACAGAGUAACUGCUCAACCGGGGAACAAAUCUCAGACUCAGUGUUCUAGUUGAGGGGCACUCCCAGGGAGUACAUGGAUGGACAGUUCUUGGGCACUGUCUUGGCAGCUAUGUGUCCAGUAGCAGCUCUUCACUGCAGACCCAGGCGUGCCUUCCACUCAUCUCUGGCAUAGCCCAUAAAUGCAAAAGCACAAAGAGCAUUUAUCCAGGCAUCUUCAUUUGCACACCACUCACACACAUCCCCCACACACAUACACACAUACAAAUUCAGGCAACAAGUACAUGGGCAAGUAUAUUUUCUGUUCACCAAAUGGUUGUUGGAUGUGUACUUUGUGCAAGAAGCAUAUCAUCUACAGUUGCAAAAAUAUCACAUGGAAAGCCUGGCUGGAUUCAAGCAUAUAUAUGUACAAUUAUAGAACCCAACAAGGCCCCAUGCACUAUCUAUUCCAUACACCACUCAGGUUCCAGAUGUGUGCUUUCCUAUGUCAAUCUCUAUAUAACCUCUUCCUGGAAAUACUCAUAAUUGGACAAUCCAGCAAGCUGGUACAGCCCCAUCCUGUGUAUGUUGAUACAGACACACCAAGUUCCUGUGCUUCUGGCCUCUCACUUAUGCUAAAACAUUUCAAGUGUGAUGGAUCAAAAUUCAUCAAAACCUGUUUUCUCAUAACUCAUGACAAAGUCCUCAUUACCACUGAUCUGUAUUUAAUGUGGUCUAAGACCUCUCUUUGAGAUGCUUCCCCCAAAACCAGUCACCAUUGUGGAUUUCUCCAAGCAAAAACAAAUAGCUCUUGGUAGUGACUGCUAGAAAGCUAUAGAAACCCACUCAUUCACCUUGGUGGACAGCAAUGGUUUACCUGUGCAGUGUAUGUUUUACAGAUGGAAAAGAUUAGGAGAUGCUACACAUGAGCUGGGUAUCUCCUACGUAACCAAAGGUUUCCAGCAGGGAAGGGAUUAAGACAAUCACCAGUACAGUCUCACAGAGGCACGCUGGAAACAAUUUUAUAAGGCAAUAAUGGGUGCAUGGUAUGUUACAGGUGGGACGCAGAAGUAACAGAGUUUAAAUGAAAAUAAGAUGAAGCUAUAAUGAGGUUCAUUAAUAUUUACCUUGAAGCUUAGUCAAGUGCCUUGCACAUAGUAGGUACUCCUAACUAUCUGUGGUUGCUGUUGCAUAUGUGAUUACAUUAAGGGUAAACUCAUAAUACCUCACCAAUUCUCCCCAAGUGACCUUCUCUUCUAAACCCUCUAAUUGCUGCAAUGGGUGAAACUAGGUUGAAUCCUGCCAGAGAACACAUGUAGAAUCGAUGGUCAAGGUAACACAUGAGCCCUAGGGAGGGUACUUGAGGAUGUGUAAACAAGAUCUGAAGUUGAGCAGAGCUUCUCCCCACUGGGUUGAGGUUGGGAGGUGGAGUUAACCCUUUUGUAGGAUGAACUAAUUGGCAUUUUGAUGUACUGCAACCAUAUUAUAGAGAUGGACAAUUCUCAACUUGGAAUCAGGUUGUGCUCUGGAAGUUCAUUUGCAAAUUUUCUGGGGAGUGCUCCUGAAAUAUUUUCCCAGGAAGCUGUUCUAAACAGUAGCAGAAUCACUGUCUAAUAAUAUAGCUCAACUACUAUAUUUAUAGUAUUAAGAACCAAAAUUUUAUAAGAUUGUGUUAAUGGAAACAUGGGCUCACCUGAUACUCACCUGCCCUUCAGGUGUACUCCAGCUCUGAGAAGGGCGGGCAUCUAUUUUAGAAACCCAGUCAUAUUCACCAUACGUGACCGUAAACUGCCUGGGCCCUCAGGCCCCCUCUUACAAGCCCCUGUAACUCCCUGAUUCUCUAUUCUCUUGGCACACAAAGAGCUUGUCCUGGAGCCUCUGGCUCUCCCCUUAGCCACCCCAGCAUGUCUCCUGCUUCCCACCAGGAUGAGCUGCCUUUCCUGUCUCCACCUCUCGGCCCCCCUAGAUGACAUGGGGGACAUGCAAGCUGACAGUUGAGCGGGGGAUGUCACAUGUGUUCUAGGAGAGUGAAUCAGCAGGAUUGGGGACCACACAAGUAACAUCGUUUCCAUGACAACUGCUUGCCCCUUUGAAUUAAGACAGCAAUCAGUCGUCACUGUCACCCCGAGUCCUGUGUCCAGGUGCAGCACUUCUGCUGUUUCCAAGGAAAAAGACUUGCUCUAGCUCCAGGCACAACCACCCAGAGACCCACUUCUCUGUUGCUUCGUUGCCUCAGACCCAGAAGACCCAAACCCUGAAUGGGGCUUACCUGUUCCCCAGCCCAGCCUCCCCUGACCACUUUUACUGGAGCACCUGGAACAGUGCCAGGCACACAGUAGGUCCUCAAAGGUUUGUUGAAUGAAAGGAGAUUGUGGCCAUUGCUGGUGCCACUCUCUUUUUCCCACUUUAUUCUUGUCUUUCCAUGUUUUAUGUUUCUCUCUUAUUACCUCUUGUCCCUGUACCACUGCGGCCCUAUCCCUUUACCCUUCUCCAUUUUUACUCCUUCCCAGCUUCUGUCCCAGAACCACCAGUAGCAACCAGUGGGACGUCAGGACGGGAGCCUACUUAACUGGGGAGGUUUUUCUUAAAGAAGAGGCUUCCUUGACCAGCACAAGCUUGGGGAGGGGAUGCCCUAGCUCUGGACUUCUGAACAGCUUUACCCAGACUCAGUGGGUGCUCAGAGGAGGUCCUGCCUCCAUGGCUCAAUGGAUUCACAUUUUUUAUUUCAUGGGAGGAGGGAAGAUGUAGAGAAAAGGUAACCUUUCAAGACUAUAAAUGGCCCAAGCUGUAUAGUAUUUGUCAGUAUUUUUUUUCUGUAAAAUACAAAUACACACAUAAGAAAAACUUAUUUAAGUAAAAUACUUUGAAAAAUAAAAGUUAUGUCUGGUCUCCUUACUUGCUGGAGUCAGAUAGUUCUUUUCUUUUCUUUUUUUUUUUUUUUUUUUUUUUUUUUGGCCGGGUUUGAACCCACCAUCUCCAGUAUAUGGGGCCAGCGCCCUACUCCUUUGAGCCACAGGCACUGCCCCAGACAGUUAUUUUCUAAACAUUAGGUAUUACCCUGGCUCAGACGUCACUCAGAAAUGAUGGAUGCAGGCAAAGACCGGGCCUUCCCCAGUCACUUCCUUCCCUAAUGGAAUCAAAGGCUGGAGGGGCAGGAAUGUGGCUGUCUCACCUGUAUUUGCAAAACAGACAGUCUCAGGCCUCAGAGUCCAGAGUCCUCAGAAGUGCCAGAUGUAGAAAAGAUACAGUGAUGUUCCCUGGCAACACUUACAGAACUUUCCCUUCAAUGAGGUCGAGCAACAUCUUCUUAAAGGAAAAGGGAGGAAUAGCAAAAACUUAAGUAAAAAUAGACCUCUGGGUUAAAUCCCGAUGGGAAGAGAAGGGACGGAAACCUCUUUAGCAGCCGCUCGGGAUGGAGAUGUGUGUGUGUUUAUGUGCAUACACAUGGGAAUGUGUAUCUCUUUUUCAAGUCGGCCAGAGGUCCACAUUGGGUAUGAAAUAAUUCAGAUGCUCCUGACUCUUCUCUCAGUGAUGCUGACUAAGCUUGCCAUUAAAGCAGAGACCGUCUAGAACAGUGCUGUUGGGGAGAGCCAGGAAUGAUGGAAAUUGUCUGGAGCUGCACUGGCAAUAUGGUACCAUUAGGCAUAUGCGGCUACUUAAAAUUAAACAAAAUUAAAAGUCCACUAGUUCAGUUAUGCCAGCCUUGUUUGAAGUGCUCCAUGGCCAUAUGUGCCUAGUCGCUUCUAUCCUGGACAGCCCAGGUCUGUAAGUUUGACGGGGAAGCUAACACAUGGGCAGACACCGAGCCUUCCACAGAGGGCGUAGGAAGGCAGGCCUAUGGCACUGGCUCCCCCUGGGCCUGUUCUCCCCAUGACAGGCUAUUUCUUGGGCUCCCUUCCACAGGAAUCACCGCAGAUCAUGACAACUAGAAAACAGAGAACCUUCAUUCAGCUCCCUGUUCAUUCCUCCAAGACAUCCCACAACUUUCUAGUGUAGAGGAAGAACAGUUUGCUGCCCAGAAACUGGUAGGGGAGGGAGGGGAGAAGCAGCUGCUGCACCAUCAGCCCCUCCCUCUGGGCUCAGCCCUGACCUUGGGUUUUGAAUAUGGAUCUGAACAAUGCCAUCAUGCCAUCAG